ACAGAAGAUAACGCGUGUCUUAAACAACCGGAAGUGACGUGGGCUUGGUUUUUGCUUUCUUACAGAUCUCACAAGAGGAUUUUCCACAUUCGCGUUGUUUUAUAACCUUUCCGUUUCAUGUCCUUUAAUGACCAUUUAGGAAAACUGGUCCGGUAUCACUGAGCGAAUACAUAACGAAACUUUUUAUUAUUAAUCGGUGAAGCUCUCCGUUGUUUAAGGGUUUAAAUGAACAACAGCUGAUCAGAUAUGGCGAACAGAAGCUGAAGGGAGUUGGUUUCAUCGAGGGUUUCCUCUUAGUUUGCUUCUCCUUCCUCCAAUACUCGGUUGGUUUUAACAGCAGGGCUGAUUUCGGCUGAUUUACAGACUGUAUUUACGGGCACAACGGCUGCCUGAGGUUAGUGUUUGUCGACUGGUAAGUGGUAGCUAUUGCUAUUAGCUAAGUAAGCGAGCUGUGGACAGUCAGGGAUCAUGGAUUUCGACAGCGUGCUGUCUAUCGCCACCCAAAAUCAAGGCCUCAGCAGCAUACCGAAGCGGUAUAGCCUGAAAACCGGUCCACCCAAGAAAGAUGACAGAGUCAAGGGAGUAAAUUCGUCUGCGGUGCAGGCCUUCUUGAAAAAACAGUCCAUAGAGCAAAAGAAAAAAGAAAUACAGAGUAAGAAAGCAAAAGAGGAGCUGCUGGCCAAAAGAGUGGAGCUGAAAUCGGAUAGGAAGGCAAGAGCAAUGGCUUCCCGAACUAAGGACAAUUUCAGAGGUUACAACGGCGUCCCUGUCAUAGAGCAGCCCAAAAAGAGGCGGUCGAAGGGGGAGAGAUCAGAAGAGCAGCAGGCAUCGAACACGUAUGAUGAUGAUGAUGAUGAUAAUGAUGAUGGUGAUAAUUACGACUAUGAGGGAACAGAUUCUGAAUCUGAAGAACCGAGCAUACCUGUUAAGCCUCCGUCUCGUCCUGAGUCCUACAACAAAGUCGACAGCAAACCGAAAAAACCCAGUGCUCCAGCAAGGCCCCCUCCAUCAUCAAUGAACUUUGCGGACCUCUUGAAACUUGCGGAAAAGAAGCAGUUUGAACCUGUUGAAAUGAAAGUAGUGAAGAAGACCGAAGAGAGGCUUAGAACAGCUGAGGAGAUUCGAGAACUCGAAAUAGAGCGCAGAGUCAAGAAUCAGGAUAGAGGGAAAGAGGCCAAACCAGACAAGAAUUCAGGACACAAAGACAGCCGAUCCCAAUCCAGGGAUCCAGGCUCAAAUUCACAAAAGAAGAAUGUAGACCGAGAUAGCAAAAUUGGGAAAUUGCCCAAGCCAUCAGGGGAAAAGUACCUGUCAAAUAGUACCAGCAAAAAGCCAAAGCUUCAAGCUUCCAGUGAAAGAAUUCCAAGUUCUGUCAAACUACAUGGAGACAGAAAUUCAGGCUCCUCAGGUGCCUUAAAUUGUAAAGCUGCCACGAAGAAUGGUGCUCCGUUUCAAUUGAAACCAGCACCAUCCAGACCCUCACAAGGCCAAAGGCCCACAACCUCAAGUGACCUUACCCCAAAGAAGGGGAAUACCUCAGUACCUCAAGGGAAAUCAAGUAUUUUGGGAAGUCGUACUGGAGUUGCUCCUGGUGCAGCUAGAUCAAGUCAAGGACCACACAAAAAUUCUGGGCAAGUUAGACCUAGUAACUCUGAAAGAGGUGGGCAACCUCAGAAACCAGCUAAACCCGGACACUUAUCACGGCCUGGGAGCAACGGACUUGUACGACCCUCUUCUGGUGACCCCUCAAAGCAACCAAGACCAGGUGGUAGUUUGCAAGGUAAGCAGGUUCCUGGAAGCUCCAAGGCCUCCAUAAAUGGACCAAACAGGAUGGGAGGUAGUGUUUCUGGGAGACCAGUAAACGGCAUGGGCUCUGGCCCUGGAAGACCUCAGUGCACUGUUGUUUCAGAGACUAUUUCAUCAAAGAACUUUACACAGAGACCUGGGAUGGUUCCGAGACCUGGGAUGGUUCCGAGACCUGGGAUGGUUCCAAGACCUCCGGGACCUCAAGGCCCCAGAACAGUGAUUGCCCCCUCAGGCCACAGAAUCAUGGUUAGACCUCCUGGACCAGCCUUGCCCCCCAUAACAUCCAGUCUUAAACGAAAGUACGAGGAUGAGGAAGAGUAUGACUCUGAGAUGGACGACUUCAUCGACGAUGAAGGAGAAGAACAAGAUGAAAUUUCAAAACAUAUCAGGGAAAUCUUUGGCUAUGACAAGAGCAAAUAUAAAGAUGAAAGUGAUUAUGCACUGAAGUUUAUGGAGAGCAGCUGGAAAGAACAGCAGAAAGAGGAAGUGAGGAGCCUGCGAUUGGCAGUGCUGGAGGACCAGGAAGAGGAAAGACGAGAACUUGAGGAGAUACAGAGGAAGAAUGACAAGAGGAGAAAAUGAUUGUGAUGAUUGUUUCACAUGAAAUAAAAUGCUUCUCUCCCUUUACACAGAGAACCAGUGUAUAUGGCGUUCCUUAAUGACAUCUGUUUUUGUUUCUGCCUCAGCUUACGCCUGGGAAUCAAGGAGGAUGAAGAGGACAUGCGUAUGGAGGAGGAGGAGAUGAAAAGAAAACUAGCGAUGAAAGCAAAGCAGAAAAAGAUUUAGUUUACCUUCCUUGACUUUGAUAUAGUCUUAUUUGGUUGGGAGGAACCGAGUGGAAUGGAAAUGCCUUCCAUGUGCCGCUGACGUUGUUACACUAUUUAUUUGAAUGGCCAAGCCAUGGGAGCAGGUUUGCACUAUCAAGAGCCCAUCUGACAUAGCUGAGCUUCGGAGAAAAUAAUAUAUGAAAUUAAUAUCUGAGAAUCACGAUAGCAUUUUUUGUAUCUGUUGAAACCAUGAAAGUAUAUCUAUGUGGAUGCCUUACUCAAGCACCAACUUCCAGAUUGGUCCUGAUUUGGGGAGAGUUAUUUUAUAACUUGUACAAUUUAAUUGGUUAAAAGACACAAGACUGCCAUUUUUCCAAUGUAUUUUUUGUUAAAGUGAUUUGACAGAAUCUGUUGUCCUGUCAUUUGUUAAUUUCGUGCUGUCGCUGUAAUGGUGGAUCUGGUUUCAGAAACCUGGAAGUUUCAGCUGGGAUGAAACUCAAAUAUUAACUUUGUGCCGUGGAACACAUCGGUCACGUUGCACAAUGCAUGUUUGUAAUGCAAAUUACAUCGUUCACAUUUCAACAUCAUCUAAAUAACUAGUCAACAUUUGUAACAUGGCAAAACCAUGGUAUUCUGUGACAAAUCUUGAAGUACCUAUGGUAACAAAAACACAUCAAAUGGACAACGCAGUAAAUUUUGUAAAAGUUACUGAUCCAGACAAUCAGUGUGGAGUUGGCAAUAUGUUCAAACAAAGAUGUUGGUAGGUGUAAUUUUUAAUGUGUCAAGAAAGACAAAGUGGUAGACAAGUCAUUGGGUUAACCUUUCCUGCCCAGGUAGCACACGUACGUCUGAAAGAUGUCUGUUAAAGAUCACUUCAUCUGGAAAGCAUCUGCUGUGUACAAACAUCUGACAGACAUCUUUAAGAUGUCAGUUUUACAUAUGUUCUAAAUAAUAAACUUCUAUUUGACAUCUGAUAGGAAACAUAAACGCAGAUGUCAAAUAGAGGUCUCUGUGACGUACGUGUGCUAUCAGGGUAAUUACUGUACCACUUGCUCUCGCUGAUUUUGUCACUGGACCAGAGUAAAUGGCCGCAAGAGUACCGCCAUCAUCUCUUUAUUUUCUGCUUCAAAGCAAGGCACAUAUAAUAUUUCACGCAACGUUUGACUGAUUUGUUGCUUCCACCUUGGCUAACAGAGUCAUGGUACAUUUUUACAUAAGGUCAGGUAGCUUAUGAACGAAUUUAUGAAUAAAUGAGCC